CGUGAGGUUAGGCAUGGUUUUCUAUGUGUUUCGGCUAACGGUCGAGUCAUCGUACGUGUUUUGAAUAUUCGAUGAUCGAUUAAAACAGAAAAAGAAAGAAAAAAAAAAAAAAAAAGAAAAACAGAGAGAAAGAAUAUCAAAAAAAAAAAAAAAAAAAAGAACAGAAAAAUCGAAUAAAGAAGUCAUCCGAUAGAGAUAUUAAAACGUAUUACGUAGUGUCGUGUUCGUAAAACUAUCGUCGAAAAAAAAGAAGAAAAAAAAAAAAAAAAAAAAAGAAAAGAAAAUAAAAAGAAACAAAAAAAGAAAAAGAAGAGGAAAAAUAAUUCAUAUACAACGCGAGAAGAGAAAAAAAGGGGGAAAACAAAACAAAAAGAAAAGAGAAAAGAUAUUAGAAAAACGCACACUGGAGAAAUUUGUAUCAAUCGAUAAUUCGAAAAGCUUUUCCCGCCCAAACGGAAAGGAUCGAGUAAUAUAAAUUCUUUUUUUUUUUCUUUUUUUUUUUGCGAACGACAAAUUCAUAGUAAUCGUUGGAAAUUCUUGUCGCGAACUUUUCCAAGUGCCGUUAAGAGGUAACACAGGAGGAGAAGAUAGUAAGAGAAGGAGGAGGAGCAGGAGGAGGAGGAGAAGAAAGAGAUAGAAGGAGGAAGGAGUGCGGCGGAGGGGAGAAAGGUGUAGGAGGGGGAGGCCCUCUCGUGAAAUUUCGAAAAUAAUUGAAAGAGGGGGAGGGGUGCGCGAGCAUUGGUUGUAACGGAUAGUCAAUCGUCUUUGCUUUUCGUACGUUUAGUUUCUUCUUUUUUUUUUUUUUUGAUCUUUAUAAGAAAAGAUCCAAGGAAAAGAAUUCAGAAUGAGAGCUCGUAUGUGCGGCCUGGAUCAUCGAUCGAUCAACAACGUGUGCGAGUUUACGGGCCUCGAUGGAGAAUGAUAGUUCGACAAAGAGAAACAACAAAACGGAUAUCUGUUGAAGAGGAUCAUUGUCCAAGGAACGUCGAUCGAUCGAGGAUAGAUCUUGAGAAUAAGAUCGCUCUGAUCAUUCGGAAUAACGAGGCAGCACGGGUCGAAGGAUUCGAUUAUAGCGCAGCCAUGAACUUUGCGCUGCAUGGACUUCUACUACAGGCUUUCUUGUCAAUUCUAAAUUUUCAACAUGGCUUACUACCUCCGUGCAGCGCAAGUGAAGCUAUCAAGUAUUUGGACUUCCAUAAUCUGCCGGAUACUAACUUUUCGUGCCAAGGAAAAGUGAUCGGUGGUUAUUAUGCGGAUCUCGAAACUGGAUGUCAAAUGUUUCAUGUAUGCACGAUCGGUCAGAAAGACGAGAUUAUGGACAUAAGGUUCCUUUGUUUGAAUGGAACCAUCUUCGAUCAGGAGACUAGAGUCUGUGAACGUGUCGACGAGGUCGAUUGCAGUAAGAGCGAGCAGUUUUAUAAUCUGAAUUUGGAGCUUUAUGGCAACAAUGCCGUCACAUUUGGGUUGCAUGAGAGCGAUGACGAAGAUAAUCCCUCAGAUACCGUGGAAAAUAGUCAACGUACUACCUCGGCACAUCCUACAGCUGGUACGACAACGACAACAACAUCACGACCAACUAAACCAUCUACGACAACAGUUAGAGGUUCAUACCAACACUCAACUGGAUAUCCACAGCAACAAUUUAGACAAGGAUAUCAUCAUCAAUAUAUACUUCAUAAUGAUGAGAGAAAUGAUAAUCAAGCGACUUCCUAUCAAUUGUUUAGUAAUCAAGGUGUUAGUUCUACAACAGUCCAAGAAGUACCUCAGGCUCAUCAAAUUAGAUUCAGUUCUACUCCAAAUCCACAAAUAAUUCGUAACGAACCGUCAACAAUAUCGCCAAUCUUUCAUAUUACAUCUUCAACCAUUCAAACUUUAUUGGAUAGAAAUCCAAGUAAUCCGGCAUUGAUAAAUCCAAUUUAUAAUAAUCAUGGAAUAGUCAGUACUACAGAAUCUUUUAAUGUGCAUAAUCCUCGUGAUACAUCUGAGUAUCGUGACAAUGAACAUCGUAAGCAUGGUAUAACACCAUUAGAAGCUAUCCAAUCAACCAACAAAGGAAAGAUUUCUAAAUUGUCAAUAUCUCCGGUACCAUCCCAAGAGGAACAAAAAGAUAGUCAAACUUCUCAACAGCAAAGAAUAUCUUCGAACAUACUUCCUACUCCAGCUAGCGUUGAGACAACGAUUAAAUCUUUUUAUCCAACACCAAGGACAUCACCAAAACCCUCAGCAUCAACAACAUCCUCUAAUGGACAAAUUAUUCAACAUAUUCAUGUUCCACCACCUAUACCAGUUCCGCAAUUAAAGCCUCAUCAUAUCACCAUAAAUCUACCACCGCCGGAUAUUCAAAGGAUUAUACAAAAUCCACCACCACCCUUGUUACCUUCCCAAUCACGAGUGAUUGUUACAGCUAAAGCAAGUGUUAGCGAUGAAACAGGAAGACCUCUUAACACUACGCAAUUAGUAACUAUACCUAUUCCCACUAUUCCUGCUAAUUAUGAUGAUUAUAAGGAAGGAGAUGAAUCGUUUGAUCCGUUUUAUCGCGAUGUACCUAAACUUCGUAAUCAUCGUCGUGCUAUUGUACGUAAAGUUGAAAAAGUUUAUAGAAGAAAAAGAUCAUUAACGGAGAUCGAUGAUACUUCUACGAUUCAUAAAGAAACGAAUUUUAAUUCAAAAAUUCAUGAUGUACAUUCAAUGGAUAAAAAUUUAAGAGUUUUAAAAAGGCAUACGGAUAUAUUUGAUAAUGGACAAUCGAAAGAAGAUAGAAAAAUUGAUAUAGAUAAUAAAGAUAUGAAUAAAACUUUUGAAAAACGGAUGUCGCAUGUUAGAAUUAAUAAUGAUCAUAUUUUUGAAGAUUUAGAAACUAAAGCUUCUCGUCAUAUAAAUUUAAAUUCCGAUGAACAAGAUGAAGAAGAAGAAAAAGAGGAGAUGGAAGAGGAGGAGGAAGAGGAAGAACAGGAGGAAGAGGAAGGGGAAGAGGAGAAGGAGGAAGAGGUGGAGGAGGAGGAGGAGGAAGAGGAAGAGGAGAAAAAUAAUCAGAAUGAAAAAAUAUCUGAACGUGUUGAAAAAGAAUCUGAUGAAAAUGUAGAUAAUAUUCAUACUUAUGAUAUAGAAGUAUUGGAUCUUAAUGAAUAUGUAGAUUCUGAAACAAAUUCCAAUCUAGAUGCAACAACUGAGUUAACUGAAUCAAUUAAUAAUACUAAUACAAACGAUGAUAAUAGUUUUGAGGUAACAUGGCUUUUGGAUAGUAAUAUUACUGAAACUGCAAAUGUUGAUGAUUCACAGAUGAUUUCAUAUAACAAUACAGAUAAAUUGGAUAAAAAUGAACAGGAAAGAGAAAUUGAAAUUGUUUCUGAUAUUGGAAUGAAACAUAUCACUAAUAGUGAUGUAUUUACCUUGGAAAAGGAUAGUAAUAAAAAUGUAGAUAAAAAACAAAAUAAAACAAAUAAAAUUGCUAAAUCACUGAGUAUUGUUACAAAUUCUAGUAUUUUGUUAAUGGAUAAAAAAGAAGAAGAUAAAGACGAACAAGAAAUAAAAACAAGUUAUGAUAAUUCAAAAGAUAAAAUAAUAAAUGAUAAUAAAGAUUAUUUGUAUGACGAUGAAGAGGAAGAUGAAAUGGAAAAUAAUUCAGAUAAAAUUGAUAAUAAAAAAUCAAAUAACGAAGAAAUAAUUUCUUCGAGAAUGAUGGAAGAUAUAAUUGCUACUACCGAAAUCGUUGAUACAUCUAAAACUGAUAUUCAUACAAAGAAACUUCAUUCGAGAAUAUCUAGAAGAAAAAUGUCUGCAAAAAGAAAGGAUCAAAAAGAAUAUGACAGUGAGAUUGAUAUUAUCGAUUCUGAAGAUUCUGAAGGACACUUAUCGACAAAUACAUCUACCUCUCAUUUUGAAAGAAAUUUUAACGAACAGAUAGAUAAUUAUGAUUCUAAUAAAUCUAAUAUACGAGAUGUAAAAGCAAUCGAUUCUACGAUAAAAUAUAGUUCUAAAUUUGUAAAGGAUAUAACAUCUAAUAAAGAAAAUGUUGGGAAAAAAUUAACGCAAAUUAAUAAUGUAGUCAAAUAUGAUUCCGAAGAAACGAAUGUAGACAAUUUAGGGAAAAUAAAUAAUUCUAGUAAAUAUCAAUUGCCAAGUGAUAAACAGGAAACAUUAGAAUCAUCGAAUGAAAGUCUAGAAAAUAAAGAUGAAUCUAAUAAAGAAAAUGGUGAAACUACGGAAGCAACGUAUAUUUCUUUAGAAAAUUCUGAAGAAAAAAUAGAUGUCACUAAUACAAAAGUCAAUUCUUAUACAGAAGAGAUUUCAAUGGAACAAUAUCAAACUACAAAUGACGUAUCAACGGUGAAUGGUAAGGAUAAAGAAUUUGAGAAAAAUUCAAGUGAAAUUUCUGACGAGAAUGAACGUGAACAUUUAGAAAGUAAAAAACAUUCUCAUGAUCGAACAAAAAUGAAAUUGAAAGAAAAUUAUUCGUCUGAAGAAGUUUAUCAUAAAAGUAAACAUAAAAAUAUUACAGAUACAAAUAAAGAAGAAUUUCAAUUGCAUGAAAAUUCUACGAUUAAAGAUAUAGAAAGUACAGUUUUAAAUGAAGAUAUCAUUGAAUAUGAUUAUCCUAUGAAUCAAUCAGAUUAUACCUGGGAUAAUAUAGACGACUAUAAAGAAUCUGUUAGUAUAGAAGAUUUUACAGCUUCGAUAGAAUCUGACAAUCAUGAACAAGUAACAGAGUCGUAUGAAACUAUAACUAAUUCUGCAGAAGUGGAAAAUUCUGAAUUGAUUGAACAGGAAGACAGUACGACAGGCGUUUUAAAAUUUAUUGAUGAAUUACCAAGAAUGAGUAAAACAGAAAGUAAUACAGAAAAAGAUAUUGUCUCUGUUGAACCUGCUAUACAAGAUUAUGUUGAUGAUAAUUAUGAGCCGCAUAAUUAUAAGGAACAAGAGUCUCUAAUGAAUAAUACUGAGAAUCCAAAUGACGAUAAGAUUGAAAAAGAUAUUAAAGUUGUAAAUAUUAAUGAAAAGUUAUCAAAGAAUAUAGAUUAUAUUAAAAUGGAUAAUAUUAAAAUGGAAAAAGAAGGAUUAAUACAAGAAAAGGACACUAAAGAGUUUGCUAAAUUCAUUGAAAAUAAUGAACAACAAAUGACUAUUGUACCAAUUUCAAAGAGUACAAUAGAGCCAUUAACAUUAUCAACAUUGAUAUCAUCAACAAUGUCAUCAACUACAUUAUCAGUAACAUCUUUACCAUCAAUAACAACGGUUUUACCACCAGAAACAACUUUACUAACGACAACAACAAUACCAACGAUAACUGUACCAACAGUGACUGUAUCAACAACUAUACCAACAACUCUACCAACAACUGUACAAACAAUUACUGUACCAACAACAACUGUACCAACAACAACUGUACCAACAACGACUAUAUCAACGACUACAUCAACUACAACUUUACCAACAACAACUCCAAUCACAACUACUCGUUCUGUACCAAAUCUUUUCAAGCCUUUUUCACUUAGAAAAAAUUACAAUUAUAUUCCUCCAACAACAACACCAAAUCCAGUGAUCAUAAAGUCGAGACUACCUCUAUUUAAUCCAAAACCAGCCAAACCGCCAAAAUCUUAUAAUGAGUUAGUACCAAAGCCAGUUAUUAGGAAAAUAACUUUACCAACUCGAAGACCACCUACUACUAUGCCUACGAGCACUAUAAAAAAGAGCGAAGAAUUAAAUAAUAUUGAAAGUACGACAACGAAAUACGUAGAAAAUUUAAGUGCAACACAAAUUGUUGGAUCAUCCACUGAUAGUACAGAUUCACAAUUUUUAAAUUCAAAUAUUGAAAAUUUCACUUCAUAUCCAUCAACAAAACUAUCAACAUUAUCUACAGUAACAGAUGUUACUUCUUUAAACAGUGAUACAAGUAAUAACAAUUCAGAUACUACAGAAACAAGUACAAUUACAAGAGAUAUAAUAAAUGAAGACACCAUGGAUAUAUCAACUAUACCAACAGUUAUUCCUACUGUAAUAGAUAAAGAAUACAUAGAUGAAAAGAAGCAUACAGAGACAAUGGAAAUUAAAACUUCUGUGACUACCGGCUAUUAUCAUAAUGAUGUAACAGUUGCUACAACAACUGAAAACAUACAUUCUAAUAAUCACCAAUCUCAACACCUAGUUCAACUAUAAUUGAAAAUGUGGAUAAAAUUCCAUUAUUAGAAACGACUCGGCGAUUGAAAGAUAAGUCAUUCUCCAUUUCAAAAAUAUAUGGCAGCUUUAAUUGCCUGGAAAGAGAAAUGUAUAGAUUUUAUGGUGACGUGAGAGAUUGUCGACUAUUUCAUUACUGCUCUCCUGGUUUUACUCCAAAGCAGGUUUUAGAUUUUCGCUUUGUCUGUGAAGAAGGUACUAUUUUUGAUGAAGAAAGUCAAAGUUGUCGGCAUGACGUUAAAAGUACCAAGUGCCCUAAUAGACUGUGGUAAAUAAGAACAUUUUUGUUUUGUCAAUACAUCUCCGUCCCCAUAUUAUCUUCUGCUAUUGAUUUUAGUAAUUCGUGAAUCCUAGGACUCCUUAAUAUAUUUAUAAUUUUAAUUUAAUAUGUAAGAUCCCUAGAAGGAGAAUCCUUCUUCUAAGCAUUGCCAUAACUCUGAGUAAAUGCACUGGAUUCACACUUAUUAAAAUUAAUGCAAUUUCUGAUAUGAUGCGUUUAUAAAUUAUAUUAAUCAUAUAUAUUAAAACAAAACGAAAAAAAAAACAAAAAAAAAGAAAAAAAACAAAAAAAAAACAAAAAAAAAACAACACCAUAUCAAAUUCAAGAGUAAGAAGUGAUAUAAUACCAUUAAUAAGAUUUUACCUGGCUUUUGAUCAGGAAAAAUAUUCAUGAGAUUUUAGGUUAAUGACUGAAGGAUAUCGGUUCCUAUGUUGCAUAGGCAAUGGUUUGUAAAAGGAUGUAAAAUUGUUUAUAUUUGAUAUUUAUGAAUGUGUGAGUCAUGUGAUAACAUAAUUGCCUUAUUAAAGAAUACUAUUGUCCUUUUUU